UGGCCACUGCGAUGCAAUUAAUCCUCCAUUGCUCAUCAUAUACGAUUUCAUUCUCUCCUCUUCUCAGGAAGGCGAAGAAAUAUUCCAGUAGCCAAGAGAUUUCACGGACGACCUCUCGCCGUUCCGGCGGUUGAAGAUCGGAAGGACCUCUCUCACCUUAGCCCUCGAUCCAAUUGAAGCUGCGGCGUAUUCGGUUGUGUGAAUAGGACUUGGAGCGGAGGGAUUUUUGGCUAGGAUUUCCGGCGGAGUUAUACGUGUGCGCCAGUUCUUGUGAGAUUCGGACCAUUUGGAAGGAGGUUAAUCGGAGCCCCUAGAGUUUUGAGUUGCGGAGAUUUGGGAGUUUUAUACCGUUUACAUACAGGUAUAGGAAACCCUAAGUUUUUUGAUAAUCUGCGUGAUUUGUGAGUUUUUUCUCUUAACCGUCGUCCGGCGAGUAAUCUCCUUCUCGGUAGAAAGAUCUGUGGUCUCCGGCAGACUUUCUCAUCCGGAUUUGAGUUCAGGAUCCACGAGUUCAAAAUCUGAAUCUGAUUUGUCUCUUGAGCUAAGUCUUCGUUUGGCGGAGCAAGUGAAGUUGCCACUUAAUUAGAUUUUGAUUGAAUGAUUUGCGGUGCACAUGUUGACUUCAAGGAUGGCUUUUCGCGUGCUCUCUUCCUUUUUUGGUUAAAUGCAUAUUGCACAUAUGGAAAUUUGCCUCGGAUCGGGAUCUGGUUGUAGGAAACGUAUUAAAAUUAACCAUGGAGGAGUCGAUGGCCUGUCGGCGGCUGCAGAUUAUUUGAAGACUCUGAAGCUAAUGACUGAUUAGAUCUAGCGCUCAUUCACUAUGUUCACCUGAAGGGUGCAAGCUAUCAAUUAUGAUGGAUGAAAGGCCAUUCAUUCCGGCCAUUUUCGUCAUCUAUAUAGCAGGAACUUAUUUCGAACUAAAAUGAAGUACAGUAAUGAUGUGCUCAUUCUGAGCUCAGCUGCGUGAAGUUCAAAGAAAUUACUGUUUAUGACCCAUGGCUUGUACUUGCAGUUGAUCCGGGACUGUAAUUGUUAAUUCAGAAAAGUAGGCAGCAGGUUUGUUAAAUCAUUUGGUGGAUUCAGCGUGUAUGGGAUAGAGCCCAUAUCUGCGAAAUAAUGCUAAGCAGUAUGGGUCUUGAAGUCAUGAACUUCACCGAUCCAGAAUUAAGUUGGAAACCAGUGACGAAAGGACGACGCACAAAAAAGUCACUAGCCAGAAGCUUGAACAGUGUUGUAAAAUCAGGGAAUUCUACUAGCCCCAAAAGCAUAGAUGAUUUAUCUUGGUCUGAUUCUGAUAAGUUAGGUGAAGUGAUUAUUGGACAGGAAACCACUGACAAAUCAGAAAAUGUUCCACUCAAGAAAAGAAGGCAUUUACUUCAAUCUCCACCAUCUCAUCCCUGGAAAUCCUCUCUACGCAAUCAAGUUUCUGCCCCCUCGAGAACUCGCUCUUGUUUACCACUUUUCGGAGAUCGUGAACAGCUUCAGUAUCCUAGCUGUUCCUCAGGGGAUUUCUCAGGAAUUGAACUUCUUGCAGCAGCAGCUAGCAUGGUUGUUGACAUUAAUGAUGCAGAUAAAAAGGAUGUUACAGAAGACCCUAUACUCCAAAAUAACUCUGAUGAAUCAAGUUCUGCCACUCUGUCUGAACAAGGGUCAAAAAAUAAAGUGUCAGCGGGUUCUUUGAGUAAUUUUGAUGUCCUUGGAGCUACUGGCGAGUCCCAAGACAACAAUUCUGCUGUUGCUCCUCAAAGCUUACUAACACACCCUGAGGAUGACACCAUGCCAAAGGUAAGCAGAGAGCAUUGGGAUUUGAACACUCUGAUGGAUGCUUGGGGCGAACCAUGUGAUGAUGCAAAUGCUGUGGAUACCUUAAAGGAUGUCAAUGGAGGGAUGCAUAGGGAGGAGGUGGAGAAGCAUUUUGCAAAUCACGUACUAUCUAAGCCAACUAAGACAGCAGAUGGGACUUCAAGUCUUUUAGCAGAAGAAGAUAAGUCAACAUUAGUUUCAGAAGAUGGAAUGUGCAAUGCACCUCCCCACCUUGAAGAAAAUUUGUGGGAACCACCAAAUGUUGUCUUUUCUCAUACUGCUAUAGAUACUUCCAAUCAAUCUUGUGAAAAGGAUCCUGAAUCAAUUCAGGCUUCUAAUUGUGAAUCUGGAAUGAAAAUAUUGAAUCAAGAUACAAGCUCGGAUAUCAUUGUUGGCUGUUCUCCUUCCUGUGAGCUAGUGCCUGAGGAGAAAAACAAUGCUACUACGUUACAUGAUGGAGAUUCUUCUGGUAACAUCAGUGGAUGUGAGAGAAGUGCAGCUCUAGAUGGAAGUCAUACUGGGACUGAUGAAGUCAAUGCUCAUGACAGAACCGCUUCUGAAUCUGUGAUUUAUGUCCAGCCUAAAGAUAAAGAAGUUUCCAAGAAGAUGCCUGACUUACCUGUCCAAUGUGUUGAUCUUCUUUCUGCAGAUGGUCAUCCUGUUGCAAGUACUGAUUCAAAUAAACAAAUUGAUAGGGGCUUUCUUUCAAAUCCUUCAAUGGCUGAUUGCGAGCAGUAUUCAGAACUAGCUGAACUUGGUACUGACCGUGAUGGAGAUAGUAAUCUUCCUAAAGAACAAUUGAAGAGAACUGUGGUGGAUGACACUUGCAAGAGUUUUGGUGCUGGAACACGAUGUAAAGUACCUUUCUCUGUUGGAAGUGUUGGACGGUGCAAUUUAGAUGUUUCUCGGGGCAACCAUGUUGACAUGGGUGAUGGAGAUGACUUGACUGGUUUCCAGGAAGGGUGUGAUUCUCCAUACGAGGAUGGGGAGCUGAGGGGUUCAUGUUUUUACUCGUGGGAGGAAAGUGAUGUGGAAAAUGAGUGUGUUGACUAUGAAUCUGAUGGAAGGAAUGGAGAUGGUUCUGUUGUUGAUGAUUACUACCAUGGGUCUGAGAUAGUUGAAGGUGGUUCCGAGGGUUCUCAUGAUACUCAAAGAAAUUUGUCAAUGAAAAUAUCUCCAGAAGGUAAAAGUAAGUGUGGAGCAGUUAAUCGUUCCUUAAAGGAGCAUAUUGUCAAAGAUAGAGACAAUAAUGAGUUAGCUGGAAAGGGAUUAAAUGCUGGGUCUGGUUCUACUGUUGAACAGUGUGUGGAAAUGGCAAUUGAGGCAAAUGAUGGCAUAACAAGAUCACAGUUGCAUGAUCACAAAGAUGCUGUAAAUGCUAGGAUGACACAAAUAGAAGAAUAUGUAUCAAAGACUGUCAGGGGAAAGCUUCAAUCCCGAAUUGAAGGACGGUCAUCUACAGAUGGUACUGAUGUGAAGGAUGUUUUCUCCGUACAGCAAUCCAGGUCAUGUCGUGUUGCUGGUUCAUAUCCUCAGCCAGAAAGAGAUGCUAGUCCUGAUAGAUAUCUGGGUCGACAUAGAUCUGCUGUUACUGGUGAAAGAGAUGGAGCUCAUCAAUGGACAUCAUGGGGUUCCAGAAGGUGUUAUACAUCAAAUUAUCAGGGAGGUGAGGGUCGCAGCAAUACCAGGCCAAGAAGUAAAACUGGUGAAUAUGCAAACAGGAUUGAUGGGGUGGAAUACCAUGAAAAGAGGCAGGCUAAUUAUUUAGCGAAAGGCUUGCAUAAGCCAUUUGUGAGGAGAUCACCAGUGGAGAGGGAUGAAUAUUUUGUUGUAGGUAGAAGAGUGCCACUAACACAGGGACUGAGUAACUUUAGAGGCAGAGGACAUUAUUCUCAGCGUCCGGGUAGAGAUUUUGCUGAAGAGUUUGAACCUCUGCCUGAGGUUGCUGGUGCAUCUGUUCGCAUGCCGCGCUAUAUAUCAAGAAGAGAACACAGUUUCUCCCCAAGCUCUGGUAGACAGACGCACAUGGCCAUGUCCCGGAAGAGAUCUCGGUCAAGAUCCAGAACCCGUUCGCCCAGGGCAUGGCAUCAGCAAAGAGAAUGUAUUUUGGGCGCUAGAAGAAUCAGCAGGUCUCCUGAUUUUAGGUCAGAGGCUAGGAUGGAAAGAAUGAGGAUGCCUUUCUCAAAGUCUUCGUUUGCAACUGAGUAUGGAGAGGGUUACAUAUCCCCGCCAAGAGGUCAUUUCUCUCCUCAAAGGAGCUGCCGUUGGGUUGAGGAGCGUAAUUUUGCAGAUUCUAACUAUUUAAGACGGAGAAGAUCACCACCUGUGAGAGAGUUCAGGCGUACUCAAACGCUUGAUGCUGUCGGGUCUUCGGGGAGAAUGAAGUCAGACAAGUACUUCAGACCUAUGACGCGGCCUGGGAGAUUCUCUUUCAUGGCCAACGAUGGUCGGGAAUGCAAAUUGGAACCAAACUACAGUGAUAGAUGGCGUGAUGAUAGUGGGGAGAUAAGUCACCGAGUGGUGCAUCCGGGUGAUGGUGCAAUCAUGAGGCGUUUCCGGCACAAUGUAGGUGGUUAUGAUUUUGAGGUGAAGAAGUUGAAUAAUGAGGAGGGUGAUGGGGAUGUGCCUAAGAGCCACCAGCAGCAGCAGGGUGAGAGAGAGGAUAAGAAAGCAUCAUUUAAAAUCUGACUUGACGACGUAUUUUCUUUGGUAGAGUUUAGCGGAGUGCAUCAUCAACGAAGAAGAGAAAUGACCCUAGGAUUGGGGAUUUCCUCUUGAGGUUGGUGGCUGUUGUUAGGUAGGUAGGAAUUCCAUACCAGUUUGAAUUUUUCCCUCUUUUAUAGCCCCAGAGUUAGUCUUAAUUUUUGCUGAUUA